AUGGUUUCAUUAGCAGUGCAAACUGAUCCAUUUUUCAGGAAAGACGAUUCACAGACUGAGUCCGAACUAAAAUAUCCGCCAUCUGAAGCUCAAGGCAAGCAGAAUGAUUCGGAACUCAAUCCCACUUUUCUACGUCCAACAAUAAGUCAAUAUGCUCAGUCUGAUGAAGAUGUUUUGGGAGUUGCUCAUUUAGAUCUGACACUGCGGGAUAAAAUAUGGAAUUUGGAAGAAUUAAGAGGAGAAUUGAUGACCAGUAUAGAGGUACUCACAGCAGAAAAUGAGUUCUAUGCUAAACGCGUGGUGGAACUGGAAGAUGAACUUUCAAGGAGGUUAAAGAGUUCGCAAAUAGUGGUGGAUCAUGCUGAUAAUGCUUCUGUUGGGAGAUCGGCUCCAGAGGUAAAGCCUGUCUCUCCAAAUAAAGACUUUCACCGUAAAGUUUUAAUUCUCGGUGACGAGAGUGGGAAAAAUUGUAGUACGGUUUUGUACAACCAGCUUAGUGGGUUGACUUACGAGGUUUCAAGUCUCAUCAAAACGAAUGCACCAUUGAAAGAAAUUGCUAGGGACAUAUUUAACUUAACACGUGAUUACAAUCAUAAUGAUUCGGUUGUUGUAUUCUUACACAUUAACGUAAAUUCAAUUCACAACACCUCACUGUUGAAUCAGUUUUUUUCAAUUGGUCGAUACACUAAUUUAAUAAUGUGUUUUACAUAUAAUGAUUGUGUUUUUAAUAGCCCCAUGUACAGAAGAAUAUAUGCUCAUCUUGGUGACUUUACCACUAGAAAUAAUGUCUCAAUUAGAGUGAUAGAUAACUUUAGGAUAGGACGUGGUUACAGACACAAUGGCUCCACUUUUGGCAAACUAUUGGUUAACUACGUAACUAAGUCGUUACACUUCAAUAUAGUUAAUGUGUCUGUGGCCAGUGGGAAUGUGAUCUUGUCUGAUAAUGGGCAAAUAAAUCUUGAAUCCCUACGUUGGUCGGAUCCUCUGGAACAGGUGCAGAAUGUAGAUGGUGGUGUCCAGAAGCGCCGCGGGCCCCGCAGCAGGACUAGGCCCUUAGUGCAAACCAAAGCGAACAUUCCACCGCAUAGUAUGGCCUCGGUCGCCGCUUGGCUGCCAUUCGCGCGGGCGGCGGCCAUCGGAUGGGUUCCCAUUGCUACACACCCUCUACCGCCGCCCCCGGUACCCAAGGACCGCCGAAAGGCCGACGACGAAAAACUCCUCAUAAACGUCUCCGGGCGUCGAUUCGAAACCUGGAGAAAUACCCUUGAAAAAUACCCUGACACCUUGUUGGGUUCCAACGAACGUGAGUUCUUUUAUGACGAAGAUGUUAAAGAGUACUUCUUUGACCGUGAUCCUGAUAUCUUUCGUCAUAUUCUGAACUAUUAUCGCACCGGCAAGUUACAUUAUCCAAAACAUGAAUGCCUUACAAGUUAUGAUGAAGAACUUGCAUUUUUCGGAAUUCUUCCAGAUGUUAUUGGUGAUUGUUGCUACGAAGAUUAUCGUGACCGAAAGCGGGAAAAUGCAGAAAGGCUUAUGGACGAUAAAUUAUCUGAAAAUGGAGACCAGCACCUACAGCAACUCACCAAUAUUAGACAAAAAAUGUGGAGAGCAUUCGAAAACCCCCAUACAUCAACCGCAGCUCUAGUAUUUUAUUAUGUGACUGGAUUUUUCAUUGCAGUUUCUGUGAUGGCAAAUGUAGUGGAAACAGUUCCUUGUGGCAGCAGACCGGGUGGAGCAGGUUCCCUGCCCUGUGGAGAACGAUACAAAAUAGUAUUUUUCUGUCUAGAUACUGCUUGUGUAAUGAUAUUCACAGCAGAAUAUCUUUUGAGAAUGUUUGCAGCUCCGAACCGAUACAAGUUCGUGCGGUCAGUGAUGAGUAUAAUAGACGUGGUCGCGAUUUUGCCCUACUAUAUCGGAUUGGGUAUAACUGACAAUGACGAUGUAUCUGGGGCGUUUGUUACAUUAAGAGUAUUUCGCGUUUUUCGAAUUUUCAAAUUUUCAAGACACUCACAGGGUCUUAGAAUUUUGGGAUAUACGCUCAAAUCUUGUGCUUCCGAACUUGGCUUCUUGGUGUUUUCUUUAGCCAUGGCCAUUAUAAUAUUCGCCACUGUAAUGUUCUAUGCUGAGAAAAAUGAGGGCAAGACUUUCACUUCCAUUCCAGCCGCUUUUUGGUACACUAUUGUGACAAUGACGACUUUGGGGUAUGGUGAUAUGGUACCCGCGACAAUAGCAGGCAAAAUAGUUGGUGGUGUGUGUUCGUUGAGCGGUGUACUGGUAAUCGCUCUUCCAGUACCAGUUAUAGUAUCAAAUUUCAGUAGAAUAUACCAUCAAAAUCAAAGGGCCGAUAAACGAAAAGCACAAAGAAAAGCGAGACUAGCUCGUAUACGCAUCGCCAAAGCUUCCUCCGGCGCAGCCUUUGUCAGCAAAAAGAAGGCUGCUGAAGCACGGCUCGCAGCCCAGGAGUCCGGUAUUGAACUAGAUGAUAAUUAUAGGGAAGAAGAUAUUUUUGAAUUGCAGCAUCAUCAUCUAUUACGAUGUCUAGAGAAGACAACUGACAGGGAGUUUGUCGAGUUAGAGAAUAAAUCGAAAAACGAAUAG